GGUUGACCAAAAUAAAAUUAAAAAGGUUCUCUUGAAAAUAUUCGAGGGAUUGGGUCUUGUUUGGUGUAGCGGUGGCUGGUGGCUACGCUUUUUAAUCCUUUUAUAUUAUUUAUUUAUUAUUUAUCUCCAUUUCCUAAAUCUAAUUCUAUUUCGCAUAAUUCGACUCUUCUUCUUCUUCUUCUUCUCCGAAUCUUCAAUCUUCGAUUACUUUGGCUCCACGUAUUUCGCAUUUUAACAGGUUCGAGUUGAACAAUCAAGCCAAGACAUGGACGACUGUUGUGCUGUUUGCGCCGAGCCAUUGGAAUGGGUUGCUUACGGACCUUGUUUGCACCGUGAGGUUUGUUCCACCUGCGUCGCUCGACUCCGUUUCAUUUGCGAUGAUCGCCGUUGCUGCAUCUGUAAGACCGAAUGCAACCUUAUUUUUGUUACCAAGGCUCUAGGAGAUUAUACAAGGGUGAUUAGUGACUUUUUAUCCCUGCCAUCCGAGGUAAGGGAGGGCAAGGUUGGAUCAUAUUGGUACCAUGAGGAUACAAACACAUUUUUCGAUGAUGUGGACCACUACAAGAUGAUCAAGGCUAUGUGCAGGCUUUCAUGCAGUGAAUGUGACAAGACAGAGGAGCAACAAAAUGAUGGUUCAAGACGACGGGCAAGGUUUAGGAAUAUAGGGCAGCUGAAGGGUCACUUAUUCCACCGUCAUAAGUUGCAUAUGUGCAGUUUGUGUUUGGAAGGAAGGAAGGUAUUUAUAUGUGAGCAAAAGCUAUAUACUAGAGCACAGUUGAAUCAACACAUAAACACAGGUGAUUCCGAGGUGGACGGAAGUGAGAGUGAGAGAGGUGGUUUUAUGGGGCAUCCUAUGUGUGAAUUUUGUAGAAGUCCGUUUUAUGGGGACAAUGAACUGUACACACACAUGUCCACGGAACAUUAUACUUGUCAUAUAUGCCAAAGGCAGCAUCCUGGACAGUAUGAAUACUAUAAGAAUUAUGAUGACCUAGAGAUCCACUUCCGACAACAGCAUUUCUUAUGUGAAGAUGAGGCUUGCCUUGCCAAGAAAUUUAUUGUUUUUCAAUCUGAGUCAGAGAUGAAGAGGCAUAAUGCUAUGGAACAUGGAGGGCGAAUGUCACGGUCAAAGCGAAAUGCUGCUCUUCAGAUACCAACUAGCUUUCGAUACAGACACAAUAAUGAACAGGAUCAACGCCGGGGAAGAGGCCGUACAUUUCGUCGUGAUCUUUCUGAAAAUCAACUUUCCAUGGCCAUUGAAGCCAGUUUGGAGACUGCUAAUGCUGAGCAAACAUAUCGUGAGCCAACUUCAAGUAAUGGACAAAUUGCUGAUGAUGAUGGGGAUGCAGAUAUUGAUUCCAUCAUUCAUCCGUUUGAAUCAUUAGCUACUGCAGGUUCUGAAGCAACUUCAAGAUACCUUCAGGCCUUGGGUAACUCUAGAAGUGGACCUCUGGCAGAUUCUUCCUUUCCUCCACUUCCCAUAAAUUCCAGCAAUGGCCAGCAAAGGUCCAAACAUGAGUUUGAAGGUUCAUCCAGCAACAACACCAUGGCAGCACGUUUGCGUCGGCACGGCAACAGAAAUAUAUCUGUUAUUAAUUCUGGAAAUGCCUGGUCUGUAGCAGGGCGUGGACCUGUACAAUCAUCUAGUAAUCCUUCAAAAUCUAAAAAGUCAACAACUCUUGCUCUAGGAGGAUCUCAAAAUUCUGGCCAGAUGAAGACAGUAAUUAACAGUGGACUUCCAACAUCAAGUUACGCUAACUCUAUUCAAGCUGCACAUAGAACUGCUCCCGGACAAUUACCUGCUGGUUCAUCAAGGGACACACGUGACAAUGGUAGAAUCGCUCACUCUGCAUCGGCUCCAAACCUCAUUGAGAACAACCCUGGUGGAGUUUCAAUUUCUGAUUUUCCUCCAGUUUCUGCUGCACAAGUGAGCAAGUUACCUACGAGCAGCCAGCCUCCGUUGAAAGUGGAGAAUGUUCAGUCUGCCAACAAGUCGUUGGUCGACAAGAUUCGCAGUGCACUUGAUUUUGAUGAAGAUAGAUACUCUAUAUUUAAAGACAUAUCUGCUCAAUAUCGCCAAGGCACAGUAGAUACCAAUACAUAUUUGGACUAUGUGCAGCAGUUUGGCUUGUCUCAUCUUGUACUUGAGUUGGCAAGGUUAUGCCCGGAUCCUCGGAAGCAGAAAGAACUUGUGGAGUCUUACAAUGCUGGUUUGAAAGGAAAUGCUUUUCAAGAGAAUGACAGGGUUUUUGGCAGCACUAGCACUCAUUGUAAGGACAAUAAUGUCGAUAAGAAAGGUAAAGGUAAGUAUUUAGAAGUUAGGCGGAGUAACUCCACUGAGAGAUUAGCAGAUAGCUUUUUAAGCACUGUACAUCAACUACAGUCAAGUUACAGACCUUCAGAAGAGAACUUGGAGGUGCUAUCAAAGGGUGCUUAUCGCACUGACAAAGGUAAAUUAAAAACCGAGCGGCAGAUUGAUACAAAUUCUGGCAGUCAACAUAAGAUUAAGAUUGGUGGGCAGACUGAAACAUCAAAUGGCAGUUUAUCUAAUCAAAAUAAAGAGGACGGGGGUGGUGGGAACAAGCAACGCAAGAAAGCUUCCAAGUUCCUCAGAGUCCGACUUGGUGAUGGUUCUGCUUCAGCCCUGCUAGAUCUUGACAACUCACACACUGCGUCUGAUCAUGGAACAGCAAACAGUUUAGAUGGUAACAAUAAUGAUUCUGGAGGAGGGCUGCCUGUACGAGGUGUUUGGCGAAAGGGGGGAGUUCAAAAACUCUUCUCCUGAUUCCGAUUAACUGUGGGUUUGAAAGAAAAUCAAGCACAUUUGAGCUGGCUUGCAAAAACCAUAGUUAAACUUGGAUUACAAAACAUAAAGAAUUACAUUUUUGCUUAGGUGGUAAUGAUUUCUUGGAAUCCAAUUUGAGUUUGAUUUCAAGUAUAGCAAGCUGGGAUGGUAACUUUGUUGUCGUGUUGAAGACCGAAUUCCAUUGGCUGAAUGGGAUAAUUUUGUUUGAUUUGAGGGUAUAUUUUGUUUAAGGGUUCAAUAUGAAAGUGAGCGCCAUUUGUACUUGUUUUGUUGGUACUCAACUGGCGUUGUUUCUUAAAUUUGCAUUCACAAGUCUGAACCAUAGAACUCAGGUCGGCUGUUUUAUCUUUUAUGUGGUGUCUGGAUAUGAAUACGAGAAAGACCUGAAAAUGUUUAAAAAACGAACAUCGACAUCAAUAUAUAAUAAUGGAACACAUGCGUGGAAUUAUUGAAAUUAAAA